AUGGCGUCUGAUUUCCUAGCCUUACUUUCUAGAGAUUUUGGUCAUAUUCUCGAAUCUCGAGACUACGUAGACUUGUCCAUAAAGAGUGGCAAAGAAUCUGAUGUAAAACUCUUCGAAGCACAUAGUCUUGUUGUGUGUGCUCGAUGUCCGUAUUUCAAAACCAUAUUAGAAAAGAACAUUAAUAUGAAUAAGAAGUCUUCAUACUUUGUCAAACUGGAAAAUAUUUCACCAGACAUAUUUGAACCAUUACUAAAGUACAUAUAUACAGGUUCUUUGCCAAUAUCCAAACACUCAGCUGAAGAAUUACUAUCUCUUCUGCUUGCAGCGAAAGAAUUAGGUCUCAAAGAUCUCGUAUCGUACUUCCAGACGCGUCUAGUGACUCAUCAUUCGUCAUAUCUGCUACGUAAUAUAAUUUCAAUCAACAAGCUUGCUACAGCUAAUUCAGAAUUGUUCACCGUCCUCGAUCAAUACUGCAAAAAAAUUGUCGACUCGCAACCGUCAAUUUUAUUCAGAUCAAGCGAGUUCACAACACUUGACGAGGGAAUUCUAGUUUCUUUGUUGCAAAGAGACGAUUUACAAAUACCAGAGAGCUCUGUGUUUGAUUAUAUUUUUACUUGGGGAUUAGCCCGGCAUCCUAGUGUGGAUGAAGAUCCUGGAACUUGGACAGCUGAAAAUGUUGAAUCAUUGAGGGAUACCUUGAAAGAAUGUAUUCCGUUGAUAAGAUGGUUUCAUAUUCCUUCUUGUGACUUUGUGGAUAGGGUAAAAAUCUUCGAGAAACUAUUACCAGAAGAGUUGUAUUACGACUUGUUACGUCAUUAUAUGGUUCCGAAUUAUGAGCCUACUUUUAUAGUAUUACCGCCCAGAAACCGUUCGAGCCAGGUCGUUCAAAUCUUGAAACAGAUUGUAAGUGCAGACUGUGCAAGGAGAAAUGGGCGAAGAUCAAUAGCUGCAAACGAAAGCAACAAAGGAAAAUCAACAUCAUGUCAUAAUGGGCUACGCUCCCUUAGCGAAAAAUCCAACUCACAAGUAUCGAGUAAGCGCACUCGACGCCUUUACAGGUUGUCAGACUCGGAGGAAGAGUCAAUCACAGCCCCGUUGACAAGGAUAUACAUAGAGAACGAUCGUCUCAGGUCGGUCCUAUUGACUCGAGCUCAAUCCAAUUGGCUUGCAUCGAUCAUCCAACCUAAUUCACCGUCAACACUUACUUUCACUCUCUUACUUCGUGGAACUCGUGAUGGGUUUUCAUCUGAAGUGUUUCACAGCCUCUGUACUAAAGUCGGACCAACAAUAACAGUUGCGCGUGUUGCAUUGAGUAAUGAACUUGUCGGUGGAUAUAACCCGUUGAACUGGAUUUCUACCCUUGAUUUUGAUUAUGCUGAAACGGACUCGAGUUUCUUGUUUGCACUUAGAGGUCAACAGGAAACUGGAUUGGUAAGUCGUGUUACAGAUACAUCUACUGCUGUCAGAUAUCACAAGAACUAUGGACCUAUAUUUGGGGGGGGGACAUGA